GGGAUACUUAGAAACUUUCUGUCCAUCUUUCAUCGCGUAAUAAGGGAAGUGACAGGAAGUGCCUAGCCGUCUCUCUGUAUCUUCUGCGUGCUUCAAUUGAUGCCUCACACAUCAGCAUCGAGGAGUCUGCUGGGGCUCGCAAGAAGAUUCAACCAGCUUAAUUUCGGCGACCCUUUGACACAAUGCCUGGCACCCAGGCUAGGUUGUCGAACAUUCGCCUCUCAGACUCAGCUGCCGAUUUCCGAGCUCACCAAGCACCUCGAAUCAAGUCAUGAUUCCUCACAGAUUCAGACUCCCACGCCAGGUUUAUCAACCACUCCAUCCACCGCCGAGCUCCACGCCCUAGACCAUCCGGUCCUAGCAACCCUAUACUCUUGGCCUCACAUCGAACCUGCUCGUUAUGCUCUGUAUGGAUCACGUUACCUCGACGCCCCCUUGCGCCGAGACCUUCUUCACCGCGCCGUGGUCUAUGAAGCGGACGCGACACGCCAAGGCACGGCGAGCACGAAAUGGCGUUUCGAAGUCCACGGAUCCAACCGCAAGCUGUACCAGCAAAAGGGCACAGGCCGCGCCCGUGUCAGAGAUAAAAAGUCCCCGAUAAGAAGAGGAGGUGGUGUCGCCUUCGGCCCGAAGCCGAGAGAUUUCUCGACCGAGUUACAAAAGAAGGUCUAUCACCAGGCAUUCCGGAUCGCAUUAAGUUAUCGAUUCAGGAGAAACGAGUUGAUCAUCCUCAACGAUAAGAUCAAUCUGCCGGAAGGAAACAGCGCACGGUUUCUCAAUAACAUUUUCGAAGCCAACCGCUGGGGCCAGGGACACGGCCGGAGCCUCCUCGUCACAAGCACCUUGGAAUCGGCCGGAGCACGGAUCUUCGAAGAGAUGGAAACGAUUGGCGAGCACGGCGAUCUGAAAGACAUUGAGGACGUGGACGUGAAGGAUCUACUCACUAGCGGACGGGUAGUGAUUGAAAGAUCUGCUUUACUCAGCUUGCUGUGUAAGGAACAAACAUUCAAGGAGAACGGAACGGUGUUCACUUUUGAGAAAUCCUUGAAGGAUGUGAAGGUUGCGAAUAAACUUCAGGUGCCCGAGAAGGUUGUACAAUAUUUGUGAGAAUAGCCCUUCAAUGUACGCUGGUCCGGUCAAAGAGAAUGUUUUCAUACCAACCUUUUUCAGGGACCAUGUUGAACACUGGGGCACUUCAGGUCAUGCUAUCUAGCCACUCUCACUCUUCCUUGCUGGCUACACAGCCUUUCGUCUGCAAAGACGCGCUCGAUUUGACAUGGACCUUCAGCCCAAAGGUUAGAAAUCUAACGUUGAAGGUCACAGAGAGCUGCAAAGAAAGCCUCGAAGUAAUUCCAAAGGAUGAUUAUCGCAUGAAAACCGUGUGGCCUCGACUUUAUAGUAUUCAGAGUGAAAUACCAAAUACGGAGGAUUGUUCGUGGUCUCGAG